AUGGCCCUGCCACCCAGCUUGUUGAUAGCAGGCAUCUACUCAGCUGUGGUAGCAGUUUUUUUCACAGCCAUUAAGGUAGUGAACUAUCGACUCCAUGCAAUGUUUGAUCUUGGGGAGAUAAUAGAGAAGAAGCAGGCCUCACUUACAGCGGAAGCUCCAAAAGAGGAUGAAGAAGUUUCUGGGGGACAUGAUGGAAAUACACACAGAGAUAGCCAUGUUGGGGUAGAGAUGACAGUAUUUAGAAAGGUCAACUCAACUCCUCCAGUACGAUGUAGCUCUCAACAUUCACUGUUUGGGCUGAACCAGGUGUCGGAGUUUUUGCCUCAACUCGAAGAUGCAUGUGGAACCAAGGUAGAUAUUAAGGAGCUAAUGAGAGAACAGGGAAGCAAUAAUGUUAUCGUUACAUCAGCACAUCGUGAUGUCCUACAACAGAGUUCCCAAGAUACCAUUCGAGCUCCAAGUGUUGUGCAGUCUUGCAUUGCUGCUACCUUCAGCGGCGAGUUCCCCGGGUUGAUGGCAGUAUCAGGAUUUACAGAUGGAUAUGGAGAGAAAGCAGAAUGCUUGUCGAUUCCGCCAUCUCCGUCCAGUCAGGAAGACGGUGGAGAGAAGGAUCAGGAUGAAGAAGAGUUUCCGAAGCGGCAGCGUAAACCAUAUCCCCCAAACGGACUUGGGGCAUAUUCUCUGCUGGGGCCAUCUGCUGAAUCUGAAAGUUUGGGGGAGACACCCCUCAGUCCCCUAAUUAAGAGCAGCUUGAGUGAGGAACUAAGUGAGAAUCUUUUAGGUUUGGGUCUUGACCCAGUGGCUUUUGCCACUGGAACUGAGCAACCCGGCAGCCGAAGUGGGAUGGCACUGGCUGCUGGAUCUACAGACAGCUGUUUUAGUGCUGGUGGGGCCACUACAGACAGGGAGACAUUAAGCACAGUAAGCAGUUAUCGCAGUGAAAAAACUGAUUCAACUCAGCUAGAAAGCCCAUCUUUCAACCAUCCACGACCCACAGAUGGACAAGGAUCCGUACCUGCAACAGCACUGGGUUCAAAUCUCCCUGAGCCUGUGGAGGACAAUGGAGGACAGGGAGGAAGUGACACUGACAACCUUUCAGACAGUGUGCUGCUUCGCUCCCCAUGCAAAGAUUACUCUUUCAGCCAUGGACUCGACAGAACGCUUGUGGAAGGGGAUGAUCUACCUUCUAUGGCAGAGAUUGCACACCCCCCUCCAAUUCAAAAUUCCUCUCCUUCUAGUAGUGGACAUUCAGAGCUUUGUGAGUUAGAUAGGCCAAUCCCGAUUCCUCCUCUUCCCCCUCCACGGCAGACCACCUCUGUGCCCUCAGGGCUGGCCCUGGGGCUGGUGUCUUCUGAGCCAGCGCUGCCUAUAUCUGCCCCCUUCUUAUUGUCAGAGCAGCCCGCCUUACAGGCGCAGCAGGUAGUUAGGCCAAAAGACUUGAAGCUGCUGCGGGCUGGUGUGGGCCAUAGACCAGGUAGAAGGAAAGCCCCUCGGCGGCGGGCAGGAGCAGGAAGCGGCAGCUUUGACUGCGGCUCUUACAGGCGACAUCACAAUCACAGGCAACAUAGGGAUUACAUCCCUGUGCGCAGCAGACUGGGAGCGAAGGCUUACAGUGAAAGUCUUUUUGAGGAUUCAAGUGAUGAGGACGAUGGAAGUGACAUGAGUGCAGGCUCUAGUCUGGGCUCUCAACGCAGAUACAGCUCUGACGACGAUGACUCCAGUUCCUCUACCUCCUGCUACUCUCCAGACCUCACGAACACUGGCAUUACGUCCUCUGUGCACCCUGCUGGUCAGCCUUCCUCUCCACAGGAAGGAGAUUUACCAGAGAUCUCUGGCCCUUCACAUUCUCGUGCUGCUCAGCGCUCUGCAAGUACUGCGAGUGCUAAGACCCAUGCCAGAGUCCUCAGUAUGGAUGGGGCAGGUGGGGCCCAGAACACUUCGGCAACGAUGCCUCCAGCUCUGCUUACAAUGCCCUCCACCUCAAGUCCUGCAGCUCGUGCCCUCACCAUCUCCAAGUCGGAUCUGGAAGCACGCACUGUUCAUAAUGAUGUGUUUUCUGGACCGCAUCAUCGGCUGGACACGCUCGGGGGAUCCUGGACGGGUAACCAAAUGGGCUGGCGAGCUGGAGAGUUGGUGGAAGAGGGAGCUGUUGGGGGAGCUUUGGCUUCAGAGGAUGGGGGCAAACAUGACUCGCUAAGUAGUGUCAAGAGAACCCAGGCCAUUCGGAGAAGACACAAUGCUGGAAGCAAUCCUACACCCCCCCCAUCGGCAAUGGGUUCACCGCCCAGCCUCCAGGACCUUCAGCGCGCUCGAACCUCGUCACAUUCACGGGCUCGGACACUUCCUUCAGCCUUACAAUUUGCGUCCUCACUGCUGCUGUCCCGUAGUGGGAUCCAUGAGGCCUCCACAUUUGAUGAUACAUCAGAGGGAGCAGUGCACUACUUCUAUGAUGAGAGUGGUGUUAAGAGAUCUUACACUUUCGGGCCAGCUGGGGGAGGAUAUGAAGACCCAGUACAAGAAAGGGAAAGACAGUCGCAAUCAUCUAGUUUCACAUCUACUGAGGUGCCGGAGGUGGCCCCGGUUCUGUCUAUCCUGCAGCCAAGACCAGUGGUAUUGCAGGGCAUGCAGGUGCGCAGGGUGCCAUUGGAAAUGCCAGAGUUUGAUCUGGAUCACGAGUCUUUACAAGAAUCCCAGGAAAAUACACUCAUGAUUGAAGAGAAGGCCAAGCCCAAACAAUACUAUCGCUUCUGGGUGUUACCUGGGAAAUGGUUAAGAGUUCGAUAUGACCGAUUGGCUCUUUUGGCUUUACUGGACAGAAACCGGCGAGUGGGAGAGAAUGUGUUUUCUGUAGUGUUGGCCAGUCUUGUGGCGUUCCUGGGGUUUCUCCUUCUCCUACAAAACUUUUUCAGGGACAUCUGGGUCUUCCAGUUCUGCUUAGUCAUUGCUAGUUGUCAAUAUUCUUUACUAAAGAGUGUGCAACCAGAUGCAGCUUCUCCAAUGCAUGGUCAUAACUGGAUAAUCGUCUACAGUCGCCCAGUGUACUUUUGCUUGUGCUGUGUACUCAUCUGGGUCUUUGACUUGACCAGUCAUGUGAACGCUCUGCAACCCUUUUCCCUUUAUGGCGUCACCAUUUUUUCCACACAUUUCCUAGCAUCUGUCAGAGAUGUGCUCAUCAUAUUUGCCUUGUGUUUCCCCGUCAUUUUCCUGUUUGGGUUGCUGCCUCAGGUCAACACUUUUAUAAUGUGUCUUCUUGAGCAAAUCGACAUGCAUAUUUUUGGUGGAACUGCCACCACAAGCCCCCUGUCGUCCCUCUUUAGUCUCAUGCGCAGUGUGGUGGGGGCUGCUUUGCUGUAUGGAUUUUGCCUCGGUGCCAUCAAUGCACCUUGGGGGGAUGCCCAUGUGCCAGUAUUGUUUUCUGUUUUUUGUGGCCUACUUCUGGCUUUAUCUUACCAUCUCAGUCGUCAGAGCAGUGAUGCCAGCAUUCUAUGGUCCCUAGUCCGGUCAAAAUUAUUCCCAGAGCUUGAGAGUCGGACACCAGAAGAGCCCCCUGUGGAGAUCAAGGACCCUCUACCUGAGAAACUGCGCAACUCAGUGAAGGAAAUCUUUCAUUCAGAUCUCGUCAUGUGUCCCCUCAUGGCUGUCAUUACUUUUGCCAUUAGUGCCAGCACAGUUUUCAUCGCUCUUCAGCCCGCUCUCAGUUUUGUGCUGUACAUCCUGGCAGGAGUAGUAGGCUUCAUUACACACUAUCUCCUGCCUCAGCUCCGAAAACAGCUCCCGUGGUUCUGCCUGGCUCACCCUGUGCUCCGAUCAAAGGAGUACAGUCAGUUUGAAGUUCGAGACGCUGCCCAACUAAUGUGGUUUGAGAAACUUUAUGCGUGGCUCCAGUGUGUGGAGAAAUACUUGAUCUACCCAGCUGUGGUGCUAAACUCACUGACGACUGAGGCUCGGAGUGUCGGCCAAAACCACAAAGAGCUUGACAUUUAUAGCCGAGCUCUUUUCAUCUCUGUAGCUGGAAUGAAACUCCUGCGAUCGUCGUUCUGUACCCCCUCCCAGCAAUACGUCACCCUCUGCUUCACUACGCUCUUCUUUCACUUCGACUACCCGCACUUCUCAGAGACAUUUCUUAUAGACUACUACUUCAUGUCAAUACUCUUCAGCAAGAUGUGGGAUCUCUUGUACAAGCUGCGUUUCGUUUUGACCUAUAUUGCCCCAUGGCAGAUCACCUGGGGUUCAGCUUUCCAUGCCUUCGCCCAGCCAUUUGCUGUGCCACACUCUGCCGUGCUCUUUGUCCAGGCUAUUUUUUCUGCCUUCUUUUCCACUCCUCUGAACCCUGUUUUAGGAAGCGCAGUCUUUGUGACGUCAUACACAAGACCUGUCAAAUUCUGGGAAAGAGACUAUAACACUAAACGAGUUGAUCAUUCCAACACAAGACUUGCCACACAGUUAGACCGAAACCCAGGUGCUGAUGACAAUAAUUUGAACUCCAUUUUCUACGAGCACUUGACUCGCUCCCUGCAGCACAGUCUGUGUGGAGACCUGCUGCUCGGCCGCUGGGGAAACUACAGCACAGGCGACUGCUUCAUCCUGGCCUCUGACUACCUCAACGCUUUAGUGCACAUCAUCGAGAUCGGCAAUGGUCUAGUGACUUUUCAACUCAGGGGACUGGAGUUCAGAGGCACCUAUUGUCAGCAGCGAGAGGUGGAGGCCAUCACGGAGGGUGUGGAGGAGGAUGAGGGAUGCUGCUGCUGUGAACCUGGCCACCUGCCACACAUGUUGUCUUUCAAUGCGGCGUUUGGCCAACGCUGGCUCGCCUGGGAGGUGGCUGCCACUAAAUAUGUCCUUGAGGGCUACAGCAUCAGUGACAAUAACGCUGCCUCCAUGUUACAAGUAUUCGAUCUCCGCAAGAUUCUCAUCACAUAUUAUGUCAAGAGUAUUAUCUACUAUGUCAGUCGGUCUGCUCGGCUGGAGGAGUGGUUGAGUAAUGAGACGGUUCAGGAGGCGCUGCGGCCUUGUCUAGGGGCCAACUAUGUGGACAGCGACCCCACCUUCAACCUGAAUAUUGACGAGGACUAUGACCACAGAGCGUCCGGUAUCACGCUGUCCUCGUUCUGCAUGGUGUACUUGGAUUGGAUUCAGUACUGCAACAGCAGGCGGCAAACGCCUGUGGCAGGUGAAAGAGAUUCCCCCCUUGUCAACCUCUGUUUUGGCCUGUGCAUUUUGGGGCGGAGGGCUCUGGGCACAGCCUCCCACAGCAUGUCUGCAAGCUUAGAACCAUUUCUCUACGGCCUUCACGCACUUUUUAAGGGUGACUUCCGCAUCACAUCACCCAGAGACGAGUGGGUCUUUGCUGACAUGGACUUGUUAAAUCGUGUUGUGGCCCCAGGAGUCAGAAUGUCUCUGAAACUGCAUCAGGACCAUUUUACGUCUCCUGAUGAGUAUGAGGACCCAAUGAUUUUGUAUGAUGCCAUCACUGCCAAUGAGGAGAAGAUGUUGAUAUCGCACGAGGGCGACCCCGUGUGGCGAAGUGCCAUCUUGGCAAACAUGCCCUCACUGCUGGCACUGAGGCACAUCAUGGAUGAUGGCAGUGACGAGUACAAGAUCAUUAUGCUGAACAAGCGGUUCCUCAGCUUCAGAGUCAUUAAGGUGAACAGGGAGUGUGUGCGUGGGCUCUGGGCCGGGCAGCAGCAGGAGCUGGUUUUCCUGCGAAAUCGAAAUCCAGAGCGAGGCAGCAUUCAAAACGCCAAACAAGCCUUGAGGAACAUGAUUAAUUCGUCAUGUGACCAGCCCAUUGGAUAUCCUAUCUACGUCUCACCUCUCACAACAUCAUACGCUGGAGGACACGCUCAGCUCCGCACUGUGUGGGGGGGUCCUGUUAGCCCACAUAACAUCUACACAUGGCUCAUCAGCAGCUGGGACCGGUUACAGAAAGGCUGUGGAGCAGGCUGUAACAGCGGAGGAAACAUUGAAGACUCAGACUGUGGAGGCGGCUCAGUCUCCAUCUCCACAAACCCGGCCAUUCACACCACUCAAAGCACUCCAGCCUCAGGGCUGCCACACACUCACAUCACCUCACUGCAGUCAGCUUUGGGUACCGACAAUCCCUUGGGUCCUCAGAAUUGGCCACACAACACCCAACAGCUGCCUCUCGCUCUGUUGAGUCAAUCAGAGGGAAGGAUGGAGGCGGGUCUUCUGUCCUCUUUACAGCGGACAUCCUCAAUACAGGGGCUUCUGGGACAGCAGCUGUCCAGCUCCCAACUGUCCUUUAGCACCUCUGUGGUCCCUCCCUCUCUCCCUCUGGGUUUCCUGGAGAACUCUGGACACAGAGCGGGCCAGCGGGCUGGCAGCUCACUGCAAUUUGAGAGCCACUUUGGCAAAUGGAGUUUUUCAGGCAGAAAGGGCUUUAACGGCUCAGCUGCGGUUGAGGGGGACACUGCUACAGUUCAAACCAUUCGCACUCAGCCCAGUGUUCCUCCAGCUCGGCAGGAGUCCAGUCCAAUCCAAGACCCUCUUGGGGCCACUCAGACGCUCGACCCCUCACUCCUGAAUCGAGGUCCCCCUUCCCUGCCCCGAGAGGAAUCCACAGAGCUGCCUUUACUGGAGCACCUGCGAUGA